CACUGGUAGAGCAGAGGAGUGUGGGCUCUCGGCAAGCCGUGCACUGAAGCUUUGCCCCGAAGAGGAUGUCAGGGACUGGGGAAGGAAAUUGAAAGAGGCAGAAAGGAAUGGAGAAAAUGAGGAACAAACUCUAACUCGUGCGUUUUUUUCGCCGUUUAUCAGCUGUCGUGUGCGUUCAAGAGGGUGCACGCGGGCAGGACAUCCAGAAUGGCUUUCAGGAUAAACCUUUGCACUUGAUAGAACUACACUGAAGUUCACAUCCAUUUGCACAGCUUCUCAUAAACUGGGAAAUUCCAUAAUGUAAAGUAUCUUGCAGUUUUUUUUUAAAACUCCAACUUUGGGCCAUGACCCUUAGAGGAUUUUCCAGGACCACUAUUUCCAGAGUUUGGAUUUAAAUCAGCUUUUUGUUUGCUGGGACCACUGCGCGGGUCUGCAGCAGUGGCUAUUGGUGGCAGCUGCUGCGGCAGUGGUGGGAGGACCUUGCCGCCUUGGAACACGGGGAUACAUUUACAAAAGCAAGCACCACCAUGAGGAUAUCCAGCACCUCCUGUCUCUGUCCCUUCUUGGUCUGCCUCUGCUUCAUCCAGAGGUGUUAUGGAGCGAGCAACCAUGUCCCCACCAAAGUGCCCUCCAAGAACCAGACCAAACUGGCCACUGGAGAGACAGAGGUGCACCACAGGCCUAAACGAGGUUGGAUCUGGAACCAGUUCUUUGUUUUAGAAGAACACAUGGGACCAGAUGCACAGUAUGUGGGAAAGCUUCACUCGAACUCGGAUAAAGGCGAUGGAUCUGUCAGGUACAUUCUAAGUGGAGAGGGAGCUGGAACUAUAUUUAUCAUUGAUGAAGUGACAGGAGAUAUUCAUGCCACCAAGAGCCUGGAUCGGGAAAGGAAAACACAUUAUGUCUUGCAUGCACAAGCAUUGGACCGCUACACAGAGGAGGCCCUGGAACCAAAGUCAGAAUUCAUCAUCAAAGUACAAGACAUCAAUGACAAUGCGCCUACAUUUCCAGAUGGGCCCUUUGUAGCUACAGUGCCUGAGAUGUCUGAAAUGGGCACGUCUGUGCUGCAAGUCACAGCGACUGAUGCUGAUGACCCCACUUAUGGAAACAGCGCCAGGAUAGUCUACAGUAUUCUACAAGGACAGCCAUAUUUCUCUGUGGAUCCAAAAACAGGAAUCAUCAGGACCGCCUUAGCAAACAUGGACCGGGAAGCCAGAGAACACUAUACUGUUGUUAUCCAAGCCAAAGACAUGGCAGGCCAGGUUGGAGGCCUCUCUGGCUCCACCACCAUCAACAUCACACUGACAGACGUCAAUGACAACCCGCCAAAGUUUCCCCAAAAAAAUUACCAGCUCUACGUCCCUGAAUCAGCGCAAGUUGGGAAACCAGUUGGGAAGAUUAAAGCCAAUGAUGAGGACCUUGGCAUCAAUGCCGACAUCAAGUAUAGCAUCAUAAACUCAGAGGGGGCCAACAUGUUCUCCAUAUCCACAGAUAGAGACACAAGAGAAGGAAUCAUCAGUCUAAAAAAGCCUUUGAACUAUGAAAGAAAGAAGACCUACACGCUGCACAUUGAAGGAAUGAACACACAUGUGGAUCCUCGUUUUUCUUAUCUUGGUUCUUUCAAAGAUACCGCCACCCUUAAAAUCACAGUGGGGGAUGUGGAUGAAUCGCCAGUUUUUUCUAUGGAUUAUUAUAUCUUGGAUGUUUAUGAAAACUCUCCAAGUGGAACAGAAGUGGGCACAGUUACAGCUCGAGAUCCAGACAGCAGGAAUAGUCCUGUGAGAUAUUACUUGGACAGCAAAGAGGACGGAGUAAGGUAUUUCAGAAUUGAUGAAAAUAGCGGAGUCAUACGAACAACACAGCCUCUGGACAGAGAAGACAUGCCUUGGCACAACAUCACUGUAAUGGCCUCGGAGGUUGAUAACCCGAACCUUCUUAGUCAUGUUCCUGUUACUGUCCAAGUUCUAGACAUGAACGACAACCCACCAGAGAUAGCAACAGACGAAGAUGUCAUUGUGUGUGAGAGCUCAAGGUCCGGACAGGUGAUCCAGACUGUCGCAGCGGUGGAUAAGGAUGACUUCGCCAAUGGACAGCGGUUUUCUUUUGCUUUACCAAGCCAGAUACCAGUUAAUCCCAACUUCACCCUGAAGGACAAUGAAGACAGCACAGCCAGCAUCAUUGCCAGGCGGCGGCGUUUCAACCACUUGACCCAGGAGCUAUACGAGCUGCCCAUAGUGGUCUGGGAUGGUGGGGAGCCAUCACUGAGUGGGACCAGCACCUUGACCCUGCGGGUGUGCCCAUGUCAGCGCCAUGGCAGGAUCCGGAUAUGCCAAGGCGAGGCGUUUCUCUCCUCUGCGGGUCUCAGCACGGGGGCUCUGAUCGCCAUCCUGCUGUGCAUUGUUAUCCUGCUGGCAAUCGUGGUUCUCUUCAUUACACUGAGGCGCAGCAAAAAGGAGCCCCUCAUCAUCUCUGAAGAGGACAUAAGAGAGAAUGUGGUGACCUAUGAUGACGAAGGUGGCGGCGAGGAGGACACAGAGGCCUUUGACAUCAUCGCUCUUCGUAACCCGGCUGCCGCAGAGGAGCUCAAGUUCCGACGGGACAUUCGGCCAGAGGCAAGGAAUCAUUGUGGCCUUCCCCACGGCCGUAGGAGCCCGUGUGUGGAGCUGGAUGAGGUGGACGUGCACGAAUUCAUCAAGCAGAGACUGAUGGAAGCCGACAUGGACACGAGCGUGCCGCCCUAUGACUCCCUUCAGACCUAUGCUUUUGAGGGUCAGGGUUCACCUACAGGAUCCAUCAGUCCGCUAGACUCUCUUGCUGCACAGUCAGAGCAGGAAUAUAACUACCUUGAUGACUGGGGACCUGAGUUCCAGAAACUAGCAGAACUCUACGAAGAGGCAGAAUCAGAUGUGACGACCUAGUCUGUGAUUUCACUCCCGUUCAAACCAAACCCGUUUUUCAAAUUUCCAGUGAAUGAUAUGAACACACAGACGUACUUUCAAAGAGUUUCAGUGGUUUUCAACUUUUACUGUUGAACUAAGAAGACUGCUCUAUUUUUUUCCCGUUUCUUUUUUUUCCAUUUUGUCACAUUGGAUCAUGGACCGUUCAUCUGGAAGUGUCAGAUUUUAGGAUGGAAAAACACAAAUAUGAGGAAAAGGGGAAAUGGUAUUUUCCUUGGUGUAUAUUUUUUAAUGCUCAAUAAAGUCCUGAAAUCCAUUUGAUUGGA